CUUCCUACGCAAUGUGCGCAUUGUCUUCUGUCAUCUUGGCACAGCAACCUGGCUAGGGCAGGGAAAGUAUUUUCUGUCAUCACCACAGCCUCUAAGAGGUGACUGUAACAAACCAUGGGGAACAGAGACGACGAAUAUGAUUUCUUGUUUAAAGUUGUACUUAUUGGAGACUCUGGAGUAGGGAAGAGUAACCUGCUGUCUCGUUUCACAAGAAAUGAGUUCAACCUAGAGAGCAAAAGCACCAUUGGGGUGGAGUUUGCCACCCGCAGCAUCCAGGUAGACGGCAAGACGAUAAAGGCACAGAUUUGGGACACGGCGGGGCAGGAACGCUACAGAGCCAUCACCUCAGCGUAUUACCGUGGCGCAGUCGGGGCUCUCCUAGUCUAUGACAUUGCCAAGCACCUGACAUAUGAGAAUGUUGAACGCUGGCUGAAAGAGCUCAGGGACCAUGCUGAUAACAACAUUGUCAUUAUGCUGGUUGGAAACAAGAGUGACCUCCGCCACCUCAGAGCAGUGCCCACUGAUGAGGCUCGAGCUUUUGCAGAAAAGAACACCCUGUCAUUUAUUGAAACAUCAGCUUUGGACUCAACAAAUGUAGAAGAAGCUUUCAAGAACAUUUUAACAGAAAUCUACCGCAUUGUGUCACAAAAGCAGAUAGCGGACAGAUCUGCACACGAUGAGUCUCCGGGCAACAAUGUUGUGGACAUCAGUGUUCCACCAACCACUGACGGUCAGAAGGGUAACAAACUGCAGUGCUGCCAGAGCCUGUGACCAUAAAACUCCAAGACACUCAUCCUUCACAUUCUACAUCCAUCACCACAUCCCAUCACUUUUGCACUUUUUUUUGCCCUAGUCACAGCCAGCUUCCUCGUCACUCUCCUUUUUGCCUUUUGUUCUUUUUGGGACUUUUGAACUCACUUGUGCUCUUCUCUUCUGCCAUGAAAAAAAACUUCAAGAAGCCUUUAUGUCACUUGGUCAGUGGAGUCGUUCAUAGAGACAUUGUGAAGGUGAAGAAGAAAGCAGUGACUGUUGUCUUAGUGAAGCCUGUGAAGUUUGAACCGAGCUGAACUUAAACUGUUAUGUACAGGGAGGAUGUGAAAUACAUUUCAAGGGUUACCACUAGAUGGUGCUGUGUAAAUAAACUACAGGCAGUUAAUCCAACCUAGUGAGGCAGUAUUAAUGCGGUUAACAAUGUGAUUCUUGUAACUUUCUUCUGACAUCAGAUAAGUUAUGCCAAAAAUAUCCUCAUUAUAUAUUUAUUGAUGAAUAUUUGGCUUCAUUUUUCAUUGUUUUACUGUAAGAACUGUAUAAAUUUGCAAUAAAAUGCUCAACAACUUUAA